AUGCCUGAAAUUGGCCAGGUGUGGGCCCUUUGGAAAAGCGAUCACCGUACGCUGCCCGUCCUUGAGGAGUGGAUCACGAACCGGAAAUCUUCCUUCGGGUGCUCGAGCCCAGCUCAGGGGAAGAAGUUCAUCCGAAGCUCAAUAAUUGAGUGGGCCUUUGAGACCCGGGUGAAAGCCGUAAUGCUGGAACCAGAGGCGCCACGCGUGGGUACAGCAAACGCCUCAAAGGACACAAUUUAUGGCCUAUCCUCUCUGUGGUUAAUGCGCCAGCUGAUGAUCGCGAAACCCUCCUUUUUCCCAAACUCCAAGAUUGACGCCAGCGACUGGACCCUGCACCGGUACGACCUUGUGCAUACCUGGAUGCUGCUUGCGUUCUUUUGGAAGCAGGUUACGUCCAAAAAGGUGCCAACCAAGGCGCAGGAGGCCAAGCCGCUCCCCCUCUAUAUAUCUACCACGCCCAGCACAGUCCUGACCUCAUGCCGGGCCCUCGAGCACUUUUGA